UCCAAGGGCGGUCCAAAGUUCGAAGCUGAACCAACUCUGGCUUUCUGUCCAGUUUGCAAUCAGAAAGUGCUUACACAUGUCGAACUUGAGGCUGGAAAAUUCGCACAUCUCUGGGCAGUAAUAUUUUGCCUACUGGGCAAUGACGGUUUCAGAGGAUGCUUCGGCUGCUGCUUCAUACCCUUCUACCUGAGAGGCUUCAGUGACGUCACACACACCUGCCCAAGGUGUGGCACUACACUUGGAGCGAGAGCAAGAAGGAAGGAGAGCUAUCGAACAAAGGCACUAUCUUCUUCGGAAAAUGUGUUUACCACAACCAUUGAAGACGUGAUUCACCUUAACUCCAUAAUGCGUUCGGGUUUCAUUAGCUUUAAAAUAGGUGAGUCCUUCUUUCACCUAUCAACCGAGGAGGCAAACGACAAAGUUGGUGAACAGAAGGCCCAGCUGAAGGAGCGGCUUGUUACUCUCGAGUCGGAACUGAGUGACUGUAAAGCCACCAUGGCAACCUUAAAAAAGGAACUGUACGCGAAAUUUGGUGACAACAUAAAUCUAGAGGACUGUUAA